GGCCUUUUCCCUUCCUGUUUUUCUUUGUGGGAAGCAAGCAAAGCCCAAGAGAGAAGGAAGGGAAAACCAGAGAAAACUGCUGCUCAGAACUCCAACCAUUUCUUUCGUCUAAUCCCCAUUCCAGUUGAGAGAAGUAAGCAAUGGACUUUUUCUUUAAGGGACUGAACACGGAUGCAUCUGAAUGUCCUUUUGAUGAGCAGGACAUUCAGAAAUGCCCAUUCUUAAGAAACAUCAACAAACCCACCAGCUUUUCCUUCACUUCAUCAAAUUUCUCCAUUCCCGUGCGAGGAGCCAGAGGUCCAAUUUUCGAAGAUGGCCCCAAUUUUGAUAUGGCAUUUAAGCUCUUUCAUGGGAAGGAUGGGGUUGUCCCACUCUCAGGGAGGUCUAGCUUUCAUAAUGAAAAUUUGGUUCCAGAGCCCGUAGCCUUGUUUAACCCCUUGGCAGCUAAAGCUGCAACCAUCAGUCUGUCAGCAUUUGGACCUGGAGGGCCAUUCAGCUUUGAUUUCUUCUCUGAGAAAUGGAAGAACCAGAAAAGGAAAUCUGAAUCAUCUAACAAGAAACAAUCCUCUUCUAAGGGAGGAGACUCAUCCAAACAUGAAGCCAUGGGAAAUGAGUGGUUGAAGACUGGAAAUUGCCCGAUUGCCAAGUCUUACAGAGCAGUGAGCCAUGUGCUUCCACUUGUGACAAAGGCUCUUCAGCCACCACCGGGCAUGAAGCUCAAAUGCCCACCAGCAAUAGUUGCUGCUAGAGCGGCCCUUGCUCGGACUGCCCUUGUCAAGAACCUGCGCCCCCAACCGCUCCCUGCAAAGAUGCUCGUGAUUGCAAUGCUGGGCAUGGCAGCUAAUGUGCCCUUAGGCAUAUGGAGGGAGCACACCCGGAAGUUCUCACCAUCAUGGUUCGCAGCGGUCCAUGCAGCAGUGCCAUUCAUAGCCAUGCUUCGAAAAUCCGUCCUGAUGCCUAAAACCGCCAUGGCUUUGACAAUUGGAGCCUCCAUCCUGGGCCAGGUCAUCGGGUCAAGAGCCGAGCGCCACAGGCUGAAAUCAGUGGUGGAAAGGGAAAGGCUGGGCGCCACAGCAGCAGCAGCCACCGGGGCCAUUGGCAUGGGAGGUGGUCAUUGUGGCGCAGAAGGGACAAUGUGGGAUCCUCUGGCUAUCAAGGGGGCUUCUGGGCCUGGUUCUUCCUCAGCCAAUGUGUGUUUCUGAGAUCAAACUGGUGAGUGUUGAGUAUGAAAAGGAAUAAGAAAUGGAGAUUUAAGUGUUUUUUAAUUCUAUAUAUGAAAUCUGGUGUAUGAGAUGAAGAUGAUGAUACUCAAAAAGUUAUGGAGAAGCAGAAAGGCUUCUUUUUCUUCAUGACAACAACUAUGAUCUUAUGGUAUUUGUCAUAUAAAUUACUAAAUGAAAGGAUGCUGGGUUUUAUGCAUGCUA